UAAAGAUCCAGUUCUAAUCUUCCGAUGAAGCAAUAAUGGCUUCUCAGUCUAAUGAUAGGCUUCUAUGGCUGUUUCUUGGUGUCUCUCUAUUCUUCACCGUGCGCGGGAUCGCCUCUAAGCUCCACCAAGUACGAGAUCUGACGGAGAUCAAGAAUGUUGAAAAGGAAGAUCGGAUGAUUAGUGAAGGGGCGGAGGAUGCACUGAAACUGGGAACUCUACUCAAGCUUUCCGAAAGCACAAGCUAUGACCUGCGUGCAGCGUAUAGCACUUCGCAUUAUCUCGGAAAGAUCUACGAAAAGCUCGACGCGCGAUUUGCUCUUGAAAGAUCUCGCCAGCAAGAAUAAGGAACGACGAGGCAAGGCUCUCACGGCAUUGCUCUUCCUAGUAUCGAAUAGAGCUCUCUCCAGGACAUCAGUAUCCAGUCGUCUUAAAGACCUUCCAACUUACAACGCCCUUGUCGAUUGCCUUUGUAACUUUCUCGAAGAGCACGUUGAAGAGACUAGCACGACCAUCUCGCCUAUCUUCCCCAAAACCAGACCACUUGGAGAGCGAAAGGCGCUUCACGCAGCCAACGUGAUUAUUCCAGAGAAUAUGCCUGCUGCGUUGGAAGCCGGAAUAGUGAGCCGUUGGCUUCGCAAAUAUCCCUUUCCAUGCGCCGUUUCUGAACCGUCCCGGCGGCAAGAUGUGGCGUUGCUUAUGAAGACUUACUGGUCUGACGAUCCUCUUAUGAGCUCUAUAGUAAGCACAAUUGCUGCACAUCCCGAAGGGGCAAAGCAGUUGCGAAAAUACGACCUCAUGGGUAGCAUGAUGGAGGAAAAUGAUCAAGAUGACGAUGAUGUCGAAAGCGAUGUAUGGAUGAUAGACGGGGAAGAGACGGCUGGUGCCAGACGAUUUUCAGAAAGAAGGUUCCGAGAGGAGAGCCCAGAGGAACAGGCUUUGCGGAGAAGAAGGCGAGAAGCUAUGGUCCUGAGUGAGGGAGGGCGUCCACUCGGUAACGAGAAUAUAAUACAGCCUGUCCAGACCGACUGGGACCCCAUAUAAAACUGUGGUUCUUCUUCAACAACAACUAAUGUUGAUGGUCGGAAUUAUUCGAGUCAUGUCUUUUGUUGUAUAUAGCGAUCCAUCUUCUAAGCAUCUGUGAUACCCCUUGGAAUAAGAUAUCAUUG